AUGCUAUAUGCCAAGAGGCUUUUUCAACAGUUCCUGGUUGAUGCUUACACCAUGGUGGAAUCGAGCAGACUAUUAUACAUUCGUAACAAUCAGAAGGCUUUAAGAUGUGAAGCUUAUAAAUGCCUCUCUGAUGCAUUGACUAGAGGAGAAGUUGAUACAUCCAAUCAAGGGAAGCGAAUCAUACUACCUUCAAGUUUCACUUGCGGAGCUAGAUACAUGAUCCAAAAUUACCAAGAUGCCAUGGCCAUUUGUAGACACAAGGGUUAUCCAAAUCUUUUCAUCACAUUCACGUGUAACCCGAAGUGGCCUGAAAUACAGAGAUACAUGAAGAAGUGCAAUUUAAAUGCAGAGGAUCGACCUGACAUUGUUUGUCGGGUCUUUCAAAUGAAAUUGGAUUCAUUGGUUAAGGAGAUACGCACAGGAAAUCUAUUUGGUGUCGUAACUGCAGUUGUUUAUACCAUCGAAUUCCAGAAGCGUGGUUUACCACAUGCACACAUUCUUAUCUUCUUAGAAAGAACCACUACAUUGUCUACAGCAUCGUGCAUGGACAGCUUCAUUUCUGCGGAAAUCCCAGACAAAGAAGUGGACAAAGAGUAUUACAAUGCUGUGGAAGAGUUUAUGAUUCAUGGACCAUGUGGACUUUACAAACCUAACUCGCCAUGUAUGGUGAACAAGAAAUGUUCAAAACACUUCCCGAAGAGAUUUGUGAGUAUAUCUUCUUGGGACGAUGAUGGCUACCCAAUAUACCGUCGCCGUGAAAAUGGUAGGACUGUCCUGAAGAAUGGUGUCCAAUUAGACAGUAGGUAUGUCGUACCACACAAUAGAUAUCUACUUCUCAAGUACAAGGCGCACAUUAAUGUUGAAUGGUGUAACCAAUCACGGUCGAUCAAAUACCUAUUUAAAUAUGUCAAUAAAGGGAAUGACAGGGUAACAGCAGAGUUUUAUAGGAGUACAAAUGCUGAUGGAUCAACCGAUGCUGUGGACGAGAUAAGUAUGUACUACGAUUGUCGCUACAUAUCAGCAUGCGAAGCUGCAUGGCGACUACUUAGCUUUGAUGUGCAUUUCAGACACCCUUCUGUUGAAAGACUAAGCUUUCACCUGCCAGAAUGCCAGUCUGUUAUAUUUGAGGAUGAUGACAAGAUACAAAACGUGCUUAAUAGGCCGACAAUAAGUCAUAGCAUGUUCACUGCUUGGUUUGACGCUAACAAGACAUAUGAUUCUGCUAAACAAUUAGCUUACAUUGACAUGCCAACAAAGUUUGUCUGGAAGAAAAACCUCAGACAGUGGCAACCAAGGAAAAGGGGAUUCUCGAUUGGUCGGAUAUUUUAUGUGCCUCCAGGAAGCGGUGAGAUAUAUUACUUGAGAUGUCUGCUCAAUGUUGUUCGAGGCCCAACAAAUUUUGAAGACAUCAAGUCCUUCCAGGGUGUGACAUACACAAGUUUUCGAGAUGCAUGUUAUGCAAGGGGGUUGUUAGACGAUGAUAAAGAAUACAUUGACGCAAUUACUGAAGCAAGUCACUGGUCCACUGCCAAAUCAAUGCGUAAACUCUUUGUCAUUUUACUUGCAUCCAAAAUGGUCAAUAAGCCGGAAAAUGUGUGGAAUGCAGUAUGGAACUACUUAGCUGAAGAUGCACAAUAUAACAGGCGGUUAGCAAUGCAGGAUGAAGGUCUGUGCUUAUCUGAGGAAGAAAAGAAGAAUUUUGCAUUGAUUGAAAUAGAGCGGUUGUUACAAACCUACAAUAAGUCUUUAAAAGACUUUCCUGAGAUGCCACUUCCGAACUUUCAAGAUGCAUUUCUUGCUGACAAUCGCCUGCUAUUCGAUGAGCUGUCCUAUGAUCGCAAUGCAUUACACCAUGAAAGCCAACAAAUGGAAAAGCAAUUAACUGAUGAACAAAAAGUUGUUUAUGAUACAAUCAUAAAAGAUGUCUUACAACAGCAUGGUGGUAUGUAUUUUGUGUAUGGAUAUGGCGGUACAGGGAAAACAUUUGUAUGGAAGGCAAUUUCUGCAAAAAUCAGAUCAAAGGGAGACAUUGUAUUAAAUGUUGCAUCAAGUGGUAUCGCCUCAUUGCUAUUACCAGGUGGAAGAACAGCCCACUCGCGGUUUGCAAUUCCCAUUGUUUUGAAUGAAGAUUCUACGUGCAACAUUACUCAAGGAAGCCAUCUUGCUGAACUUAUUACCAUGGCCAAGCUAAUUAUAUGGGAUGAAGCACCCAUGAUGCACAAACACUGCUUCGAAGCUCUUGAUAGGACAAUGCGCGAUAUCAUGAGGGUUAAAGAUGCGCGCAGCCACAGUAAAACAUUUGGAGGCAAGACAGUUGUAUUUGGGGGUGAUUUCAGACAGAUUCUUCCAGUGAUCCCAAAAGGGUCACGGCAAGAUAUUGUUCAAGCAACAAUAAACUCUUCUUACUUGUGGGAAUCAUGCAAAGUGUUGAGGUUAACAAAGAAUCUCCGUAAUGGGAUGUUAGCUGACAUGCACACUCCGGAAUUUCUCAAUGGUCUUAAAGCUUCAGGAAUACCUAACCAUACGUUGACUUUAAAGGUGGGAUCCCCUGUAAUGCUUUUGAGGAACAUAGAUCAUUCACUUGGUCUAUGUAAUGGAACAAGGCUGGUCAUUACAAGGUUAUCAGAUCAUGUAGUUGAGGCAAAGAUCGCUGCUGGGAACAAUGCUGGUGAAAUAGUACUCAUUCCAAGAAUGUCGAUGACACCUACCGACAUACGAUUGCCGUUCAAAUUUCAAAGAAGGCAAUUCCCUUUGAUGUUGUCAUAUGCAAUGACUAUAAACAAAAGCCAGGGUCAAACAUUGUCACAUGUGGGGUUGCUUUUAAGGAAGCCAGUGUUUGUCCACGGCCAGCUGUAUGUUGCUGCAUCAAGAGGGAUAAUGAUCUCUCUCUUGCAAGAUCUCUCCGACGACGGCUCCUUCAUAGGCAACCACUGUGGAUCUCAGCAGCCGCCGACGCCAUUUUGCUCCACCGCCUCCCCUGCUGCCAGCGCACCAGACGGCGGUUUGGAUGGAUCCCUUGACGAACAUACGGAGAUGCAGCGCUGA